CGCUGAGGCGGGGCCGACAUCUUGGGUAAGGGCAGAGGGGCGCCGUCCCUCGGGCGGCCAUCUUUGUCCAGGGUACAGAGCCCGGCGGGGCUGCACGGGCGCCAUCUUGGGUAAGGGCACGCUGUGCCCUCACCGCCUCCCCGAGCCGCCUCAGGAGCCAUAUUUACCGAGGCCAACCCCUGAAAGAGCCAAAAAUAGACAAAUAAAUAAAUAAAAGCGGCACCCAGAGGGCCGCCCGCGCAGCCGGCUCCCCCGGAGGCAGGGCGGUGGGGCCGCUCCUCCUCCUCCUUCUCCUCCUCCUCCCCCCCCGCGGCGUCACUGACGGCGGCCGCGGCUCCCAAGAUGGCCGCCCGGCCGGGGCGGCGGCCGGCGGGAGCGGCGGGGACGGUGCUGAGGUGGCGAGGGGCGGCCGAUGCCCCGUUCCCCUUCCUCCUCCCUUUUCUCCUCUUCCUCCUCUGGUUCGCAGCCGUGAGGGCAGCGGCGAGCUCGGAGCCGCCGCCCAAGUGCGACGAGCUGCGGCUGGGGCAAUAUAUGUGUGAUGAGCCUAAAAUAGACAAUAGCACACAAGAACCAAUGAAUUGUACAAAUCACACGGCAUAUGUUCAGUGUCUGCCAGCACCAAAUAUUACCUGUAAAGAUCACCUUGGUGUGGAAAAAGUCUUUACUGGACGUGAAGUUGGAUUUUACAAGCCUAUUGCAUGCCGCAAUGUAAAUGGAUACUCCUACAAAGUGGCAGUGGCUCUGUCCUUAUUUCUGGGAUGGUUGGGAGCAGAUAGAUUUUAUCUAGGCUAUCCUGCCUUAGGUUUGUUAAAGUUCUGCACAGUAGGGUUUUGUGGAAUUGGUAGCCUAAUUGAUUUCAUACUGAUUUCAAUGCAGAUUGUUGGACCUUCUGAUGGCUCUAGUUACAUUAUAGACUACUACGGAGCAAGGCUCACGCGGCUCACGAUUACCAAUGCAACAUUCAGGAAAAUGCAGAGCUACCCGUAACCCUGGCAAACCUUCCUCAGGUCCUCGGAUUUACUGUGAAGAAAACAGCAAGAACGUGUAAGAGGAGAGCACGGACUGCAAAGCACUGACUGGGUGUUCACCUUGAGCCCGAAGAGACUGCCCAACAUAUGGAUUGUGUUGGCAGAGGCAGAAGCCUGGGGAAUGCAGAGGUGGGGGGUAAUUUUUAGGGCUUUCAUUCCAUGGUCCCAUUGAUUAUAACCCUAUUAAGAGGAUGAUGCAUGCGACUUUUAAGUUAUUUUGUUAACUAAGUGUAAGCAAUGGAUGUGUCAUGCUAACAAACAUAAUUGCUGGUGUGUCUAAUACAGUAUGAAAGUACAGUAUAGUGAAUUUAAAAGGUUGUGGUAAUCUAAGAAUGUUAAAAGGGAAAUGUGUGCCUGGGGGGCGUGGGGGCUGGGGAGAAAAACGACUUACUUGACAUUCACUGUCUUCCUCCCAGCUCUUUUGCUAAAGUAGGAACAGAAUCGGAACAAAAAAAUGUUUGUUUUACAGCUGUACCAAGUUACGGCGUGGACUCGUGCUCCCCCCUCCUCUCCCACUUGCAUCAAGUACAUCCUGUACUUUUGGCAACAUGUUGACUGGAUAUUUAAAAGCUGUGAACUGUUCUGAAAGUUUCACAUACUGGGUUAUGGGCCAUGUGUGUUUGAUCAAAAUUCAAUUACUGCACUGUACCAUGCUUGGAAACCUAUCAUCCCAAGUUAUGAAGUAUGACGAAAUAGGCUAAUCUAAUUGGUUCAGUAUGGGAGCAGUAUCAACCAAGCUUGUUAUGAUAAAUAGCUUCCUGUGUUAAAGGUUCUCUAGAGCUUAAGUAUCUUGGCUCACCUCCCUCUACAAAAUAAGAAUAGUGUUCCCUGGGAACAGUUACAUCACUGUCCCUCUUCUACAUUCACAAUUAAAGGUUUGUGGAUUUUUUUUCAUCUUGCUGUUCCUUGAAUAGAUAAACUGUGGCCAUCUACCCCGUUCCCCACUUCCAUCUCCUUCCCCUUUCCUCAGGUUAGCUCACGUUGGGCUUGCCCUGAGCCUACAGGUUCCGUUUCAGGGGUAGGUGGCGGUAGGGGUAGGUGAGCCAAAAUUGACCAGGACGCCAAAACCCACCUUGGGCUGGAGGAUGGGGGUUGCGUGCCAGGACGUCAGUGCACGUGGUGUGUAUGUUCAUACGGAGAUGGGGAAUUUUUGAUGUUAAGUUAAAUGUGGAAGCACUUGAACCUUUCUAAACACCUAAUAAAAGUGAGUUUCAUACUUA